AUGAACGCCACCACGACGUCGUUCCGCUCCAUUCUCGAGAAGCCCCUCAACCAGCUCACAGAGGACGACAUUUCUCAGCUCACCCGCGAAGACUGCCGCAAAUACCUCAAAGAAAAAGGAAUGCGGAGGCCUUCGUGGAACAAAUCGCAGGCGAUCCAGCAAGUUAUUUCCCUCAAGGCUCUGCUGGAGCCCAACGACGAUUCCGGCGCCGGAGCGCUCAGACGGAUUGUCGUUUCGCCUCAUACAACCACCCCGCGCGCGGCUUCGAAUUCAGCCGGUUCGGCCAAGGAAGCGAGUGCCGAUGUCCAGGUUUCCGUGUCAGCCGACGAACCGGUGCCGUAUCAGAAACCGGUUCAGGAGGACCGGCCAGCCGAUGCCGAUACUAAGGCCAUCAGUCCAAGAAAUCAAUGUACAACUGAUGCAUCAGUUAGGCAAAUGACAAUUUUCUACUGCGGCAAGGUGAAUGUAUAUGAUGGAGUGCCACCUGAUAAGGCACGGGCAAUCAUGCACCUUGCGGCAAGGCCCAACCAUUUGCCUCUGGACAAUCAAUUUGGUGGUACUGCGGCACACAGAUCCUUACGAUGCCAAUUUCAGACUGCUGGAGACAAAGAUGGCUUUCUCCCUCCGAGUGCCACAUUCUCUCAGGCCAUGCAAACAGAGAAGAUCGGUGAAUAUACUCAGCAGUACUGGGAGAAAGGGAACAGCACUCGAGAUCCUGAUGCAGAGGGCCAGGCAAGCAGAAAAGUCUCGUUGGAGAGAUAUCGUGAAAAGCGAAAAGACAGGGGAAGAUUAAAGAUUAAGAAAAAUAUUGGAUCGAGUUCUAGCUUGGAGGUCUUUUUGAAUCAUCAACUUAGGACACAUACCUCAAAUGGUAAUUCAAGUCAGAGUGGCACAAGCUCUCCACCCCAGCCUGGGCUGCUACAAACAGCUGACAAUCAGCCAAAGAGUCUGUGUCUUCCCGUUGACCUAAAUGACAAGGGAGGAGAAUUCUCUUUUUGGACUGGUAUGGCUUUGAUCAGUUUUCAAAACGCCGAGCUGGAAAGCGAGUCAGCCAUGGCGAUCGAGGCGUGGUUCAUGGACGAGAGCGAUGAAGACCCAAGGCUUCCUCACCAUCGCAACCCCAAAGAGCUUGUUCCCUUGGACCAUUUGGCAGAGCUUGGUGUGCUCUACUGGCGCUUGAACCCAAAGGACUAUGAGAAUGAUCAACAACUUCGCAGCAUUAGAGAAACCAGGGGAUAUAAUUACAUGGAUUUGCUUGAUAUAUGCCCAGAGAAAUUGGAGAAUUAUGAGGAGAAGUUGAAGAACUUUUAUACAGAGCACAUACAUGCUGAUGAGGAGAUACGCUACUGUUUAGAAGGAAGUGGGUACUUUGAUGUCAGAGACAAGAAUGACCGCUGGAUUCGAAUCUGGAUUAAGGCUGGUGACCUUAUCAUUUUGCCUGCUGGGAUUUACCACAGGUUCACCCUUGAUACUAGCAACUAUGUUAAGUUGAUGAGGUUGUUUAUGGGAGAGCCUGUUUGGAUUUCGUACAACCGGCCGCAGGAAGAUCAUCCGGCUAGGAAGGAGUAUAUAGAGAGCUUCACUAAGAAAGUGGGAGUGGCAUUGGAAGCUCAUUGA